UCCAUAAUAGAUGAAAUAAGAACACUUCAGAGUUCAUCUGCAUCACUAAACAAAGGAAUCUGUACCAGCAACAAUGGUUUCUACGAGAUGCUCUCUUCUUCUUACUAUUUUCCCUCUAAUCUGCUUCUCAUCAAUAGCAGCUUACAACGAUGGUCAAGACCCAAUUGCCAAAACUAUGGAAGAAUUCUCCGGCUACCCAAUUCACGAACCCAAUUUCCCCAACUCUGUAUCAUCACUUUCAGUCGACGCAACAAGCUUACAGAAUCAAAUUGAGGAGUUGUCGACAUUCUCUGAUGCACCUGCUCCUGCGGUAACAAGGAUUCUGUAUAGUGAGAAGGAUGUAUUGGCUAGGAGAUAUGUCAAAAACUUGAUGAGGAUUUCAGGUCUUUCCAUUAGAGAGGACAGUAUUGGAAAUAUAUUUGGUUUAUGGGAAGGGAGUGAACCAGAGCUUGCUGCAGUUUCAACAGGUUCACAUAUUGAUGCAAUUCCUUAUUCUGGGAAGUAUGAUGGAGUUGUUGGUGUUUUGGGUGCCAUAGAAGCCAUAAAUGCAUUGAAAAGAUCUGGAUUUAAGCCUAAGAGGUCAUUGGAAGUGAUAGUUUUUACCUCAGAAGAGCCAACUCGGUUCGGAAUAAGCUGUUUAGGAAGUCGUUUGAUGGCCAGAAGCGAGUCACUUGUUGAAGUUCUGAAAAAGACAACCGAUAAUCAGAAUAUAACCUUCCUGGAAGCUGCAAGGUCUGCUGGUUAUGCAGCUGAUGGGGAUAACUUUUCAAGUGUUUUCUUGAAAAAGGGAAGUUAUUCUGCUUUUAUUGAGUUACACAUUGAGCAAGGUCCUAUUCUUGAGGAAGAAGGUAUCUCAGUAGGGAUUGUGACUGCAAUUGCUGCUCCUGCAAGCAUCAAAGUUGAUUUUGAAGGUAAUGGAGGCCACGCCGGUGCUGUUCUAAUGCCAACAAGAAAUGAUGCUGGACUUGCUGCUGCAGAGUUAGCUUUAUCGGUGGAGAAACAUGUACUUGAGUCUGGUUCAAUUGACACUGUUGGUACAGUAGGUAUUCUGGAGCUGCAUCCUGGAGCAAUCAACAGCAUUCCCAGCAAGGCACAUUUGGAAAUAGAUACUCGAGACAUUGAUGAGGAUAGAAGAAACAUUGUGAUUGACAAGAUCCAGGAGUCAGCUUUAAGGAUCGCGGAGAGGCGUGGUGUGAAGCUUUCUGAGUUCAGUAUUGUGAAUAAAGAUCCGCCAGCCCAGUCUGAUGAAGGUAUAGUUAAGGCGAUGAAGGCAGCAUCAGAAGAGCUGAAGUUGAGUCAUAAACUGAUGAUAAGUAGAGCUUAUCAUGAUUCCUUGUUCAUGGCCAGAGUAUCUCCAAUGGGAAUGGUUUUCAUCCCUUGCUAUAAAGGGUAUAGCCAUAAACCAGAGGAAUAUUCUUCAGCUGAGGACCUGGGAAAUGGAGUAAAGGUUUUGGCUUUAACACUUGCAAAGUUGUCCCUGGCUUAAGUUAAUUAGUCAAUGUCAUUCAUGAAUUUCCCCUCUUUGUCUUUUAUUUUCUUUCAUAUUAUAAACAUGAGCUUAACCAUUGAAAUGGGAAAUAUAAUAAUUCAGCCACAAUUUCAUGAACUUAACCAUAUGAUGAAACAGUUGAAGCAAGGAAAUCAACAUUAACCUACAUGAUUC